AUGUUGGUUGGUUGCAUCUACCUCAUCCUAACGCUGUUUGAGUUCGUCGCCAGCGCCAGAUUGUCGACGAGCCGUUCCAUGAACGCCAACGUCGAAGUCGGCAUGUGGCUUUUGGCGUGGCCAGACGUCGUCAGAGUGCCCAUCGGCAGAGACGAUGGCCAAGGCGGCACCAAGCGAGUCAUAAUUCAACCAAACAGUUUGGCACUGACGGCGACGCUGCGCACGAUCUUGUCAGAUUACGAAGCGACGGAGUACGUGGAGCCAACGGCCGACAAGGUCGAAGUCAAAGGUGUGAUGCGCGUCAAAGCUAAAUUCAUAUGGGAUGCUAUGAGAAAGUUGAACAGGUUCGAAGAAGAACAGAGGAAGUUCUGGGCGAUCCUAUCGGAAGGCGAAUGCAAUGUUGGACACCUGCGCUACUUCGGAGUAAAGAACUUCAUCACCUUUGGGGAUGACGAGCCCAUCUGGAUCGACGAGACCUUCGAACAGGUGAAGACCAAGGGCUUCUUCAAGCUUCUACCGGAGUUCUUGGAUAUGUACAAGACCUUGAAUGCCGGCGCAGCCUACGAGAUCGCGAACAAUUUCAAGGUGCCCUUGGACCUCUGGUAUGACGGUAUCAAUGUUUUGGGCCAAGGGAGUAUGAGCCACGCGAUCCGAGCCCACAUGCAUUUGGCUUUGCUGAUCCACCAUGGUGACAAGAUGCUGUGCCACAAGGCAGCAAGAGAAGGAAACGGGGCGAGGUCCAAGUACGACGCGAUUGAGAUCGUGAACAUGUUCAACGCGUCCCAGUUUCUGAAGAACGAUGCUCAUCUGAAGAGGGCUUGCUUUUGGGCAAUUCGUUCAGUGCUCCCGCCUGAGCUUGCUCACGAGUACUGCGUUUCGCUCGAGAUGGAGUCUGUCACGGGGCGGUUUCCACAUAAGUCGACUCUGUCGCGGAUGAGGGGAAGAGUCGACGUGGCCUGGAUGCUCACAGCGCGGGAUCUAUUCCAGAACAUGCUUGACGUGGACGGCAUCGUCGUGUUCCCGAUCCCAGACUCAAGCCCCCAAGGAGGCAGGGACUACGAGAACGCAGUUCUGACCAUCAUCAGCCGCCAGAACCUCGUUGCAUUGCGCGGGCUUUCAAGCGACCUGGAUCGCCGCAACAACACCAUGACUGUAGAGCAGCGCGCCGCCGACUGGACCUCCGAAGCUCUCAUCGUGAAGAAGAUCGAGGAGAAGAUCAUGAGGCACGUCGCCCCAGCAGUGCAGCUGGGCUUUGGGCGGACGAAUCUUUCGGCGAAGUUCCACGCGAUCAUGCACCAGUUGUUCUUGCUCAGCCCCUCCGUCGACCACUUCUGCAAACUUGUCGGCUCUGUCCCCGUCUGGCUGUCGGAUCAGGGCACGGAAAGCGGCUUGGCGCGCAUCGAGCCCAUCGCCGUGCAGGACGUGCUGGAGUUCACGAGGGGGUGCGAGGUGAACGACGGCGAGGUUGACUUCGCUCAGCCUGCAGCAGCGCCGAGCAGGGAUUUUAUCAAAUUGACUUGGAGCCUGGAGUUCGACGGGGCGUUGCACCUGUGCCGCAACGCGGGCAAUCACCUGGAGGACGUGAUGCCAGACUACAAAGACGCUGUCUGGAGGCUCAGCAAGGUGUCGAAGCUUCUGGACGAUCCUGAAUCGAAAGAACGGUUGGAUGCGACAUGCUUCUCAUCUUCGCCAGCACUGAAAGCUUUAGUCGAGCCCAUCAAGAAAUUCAAAGGACAUUGUCAUGUCGAACGAUGGGGCACAGUUGCCAACGCUCUGCUGAAUAUUACUGGUAACGUCGAGGCAGCCUUGCGGUAUGCGUGGGAUGCUCCCAAGUACACUCAUGGCAAAAAGAAAGGUAGAGAGGAACUGUUUAACGUCAAGUUGGGAGUUCUGGAUGAUACAAUCAACGCGCCAUACUGGUGGGCCUACUGGGGUAUGCUUGAGAAGAUCGCACAGGCGCUGUUCGAUGUUAUCAGGUGGUGUGACUCGUGCUCUUGUCAUUCCGACUUGCUCGAAAGCCUUCGAGGCCAAGAGUGUGCAUCCAACCUUGCAGAGGAACAGAUCAAGACCAUGAAAGAACAUGCUUCAAAAUGCCCACUGAGAGGCAUGCGAUGCCACGACGUGUGCGCGGGUAUGCUGCUCGACUACGUGAAGGACCGUCUGCGCUACCACAUCGCAGACUUCGCCAGCAACAUCCCAUCGGACGUUUCGAGGGGAGACGCGAAGCGCAUCCUCGAUCAGAUGGAGAGCGGCAGGAUGUCCAACCUAAGCCCGUGCAUGACCGCAAGCGUGGACACGUUCUGGCGCUUUACUCAAAUGGUUGCUAAGGUAUCUUCUGGCAAGGCCGCUGUGAAGCUAUUGGGACUCGAGCGCCAUCCAGAGGCAAAGCAGCUGGAGACGAUGCAUUCCUCAGACAAGCUGUUCUGGGAUGUGAUCUACCGCGCAGACCCCUACACCAAGUACAGGAUGCCAUUGCCUAAGAUCAAGGUUAAGCAAGUCGAGGCUGUUGAGCUGAAUGGCAAGGCCCCUCCGAUCGAUACGGCUGAUGCCGCGUGCAAGCGGGCCGCUUUCGUGAGCCACGUGAUCGAGAAGCUGUCUGCAGAUGGCACAAUGUAUUGCAUGCCCAUGCAGCUCACCGCGCUCAUGCCCUUGAGGAAACUUCUCCAAGUACGACGUGCAGUACCUGAGACAUCAGACGAUUGUGAGCACGGUUGGGGUCUCUCUGAAGUUUGCCAGGAUGAUCUCAUUCCUGAUGAUGCCUUCGCUGAGCAGGACUGUGAGUUUGCAGAGUACUUCUUCUUCAAGGUGGUAAUGGCGGACAUUACUCGCAUUCCAAGGCCGAAGGUACCAGGCCAACCAAAGCUCACUGGCGUCAAAACGUUGGUCUUACACAAGCUAUUACGGUAUGACGAAGAGGCUCGAGAAUGCUUGGUGAGCGCAAAUGCUCUUGGAAAUGCUAUCGACGACUGUGCUACACCAUACACCAUGCACCCAGCCAUGCUGCCACCAGAGAUCUUAUCGAAGGUACGUAAGUGGAGCCCUACCAGCACUGGCAUAACAGCAGGUCUCCGCCAGCCUUUCAAGGCGCAUAUUCCGAGAGAGCAACUGGAUUGCCUUGAUGAGGUUGUCAGGGGCAUCUUGAGGUACCCGGACGGUGCGCCGCGCGACGCCAUCGUGCCGACGCACUCCCUCAACCCACACAUCGAGAAGCUCGUCGACGCGUUCUUCGAGCUAGGCUUCUUGGACGGCCCGCCAUAUAAGUUCACGAUCCAAGGGGAGGCAGCUUUGGAGAUCGGCAUAUCGCUGGGGAGACCCACGUACCUGCUUCAGCGCUUCGAUGCGUUCGUCGGCGGAGACAUCAACAAGGCGACCUUGGCAGAGUUGAUCCUGGGGAUGGAGCAUGACGGCUGGCUGCGCGCCGACCUGUCGACUUCGAGGAAUGCGUUGAGCGAGAAACGUGCCUGGGGGAAAAGGGCAGCCAUUGCCAACCCUUUCAGAGCUUUGGCAGACAAGAAAUGGUAUUCGUUCAAGGCGCACUCGGUCAGCAGGUACUACUUGAUGGCGCUGCUGAUAGCCAACGAGCCGAUGGCAGGCACCCACAUCCACGAGGUACCGCAUGUCGGGACCAACGCGACGUACAUGGAGAUCUUGGGCUUGCAGCCGCCGCCUGGCAAUGCGCCAGCGGCCAUUAUAGGCGACGUGGAUUGGCCAGAGGACAGCCUGCCAGCUCUCAAAAAGGCGAAGACUUCGAAGGGCGUUUACCUUGGCGGAGGUGGUCGGAAGCUGAAGCCCUCGGCGGGCGCAGAUGACGGUGUGGUCGUCGGGUCCGACGACGUCGACGACGGCAAGGGCCACUUGGUGGAGACGGACGUGGAGGACGAGCACGGGAACAAGUACUAUCGGCACAUCAGCUUGUACAAGUACUGGAACAAGGUGACAGGCAACCACAACGGGUGGAACGCAUACUGCGCCAGGUGCGGCCACUCGGUUGGCAGGGCCAAGUGCACCAAGUCGCAUACGGUGAAUGGCGACGGAGGUGACGAGGGUGCGCAGCGCCGUCUCCUUUACUGGGGGAGCCUCGGCCACACGGUCGACUGCAAGGCGGACCACAAGGAGCUGUGGAGCACCGUGGUGACGGCCUGGGACAACGACGAGAUCUCUGAUCUGGCCGUCCUGGAGGUCGAGGCUUGCAAGACGGACUAG